AGGAACCUCGGUACGAUUCUCCCUUGGUCAUAGAGGACAUGCCGCACAUGGCACAGUUUGUUUACGACUUCUACCAGGACAAGAUACAGAGGCCGCAGGCAUCGCGAGGGCACCAAAGACAGAUGCAAGCGGAGCUGGCUAAACCCCCCGUUUCUCGAGAGCCACGCCCAGCCAAGCCAGCGGACUGCGAGCAACCAAAGCCUCCUGGAAUGCCUGCUGAUGUCCAGGCGGUUGGAGAGGCAUCUAAGCCCAAAGAAGAGGAGACUAUGGAGGAGGGGAAGAGCGACGAAGCAACCAAAGAGAAAACCGAGGAGAGGCCGGGGGAGGGAAGGAUCAGAAGAUGGAAGAUAUAAAGACGCAGGAAUAGAAUAUCUAGUGUAUUGGGGGAGAGAACUGAAUUGGAUACGUACUUUUCCUGCAUUGAAAAGGGAGCUUUGAAAUGUUUCAGAGUCCUGUUGAUUUAAUAGAGUCCUGCUGAUUUAAUAGUCUGGCCAGUUCACAUUCACAUUUCUAUGCGUUUAUCUUGUUACCAAACACUAAAUUGUCUAGUCAUACAGACUCCCAGGUUUGCAUACAGACUCCCAGGUUUGCAUUUACCCAGUUAUGCGAAUGGUCGAUUUAACGUUAGUCCAGGCCAUAAUGUUAUACUUUAUUUUAGUCUUCAAUUGGCACAAAAAACUCCUUCACAGAACUCAGUUAAUGCCCUUAAAUGGAUAAGUCUAGUCGACAUCAAAUAUAUUUGCAAAAAUAUAUAGGAUGUUACUCACACCGUAGCUCCAAUACGAUGUACCAUAUUCCCGUAAAAUCUUGCAGGUUCUUGAUGUCAACGUGCUGGCUCUAUUGCACGUAAUGUUGUAGCCACCACCUUUGGCCCAUACGGUAAGCAAUGGAUAGUCACGAUGUGAGCUCUGCAUUUACAGGAUUUCCGUUAAUUUUCUAACAUUGUUGUGCCAUACAUGUAUCACUGCUUUUAAUGUGGACCUCCAGUUAUUUCAUUCUUAUUUUAACUGGGUAGCCCAUUCAGUGGAAUCCACUGGUCUCCAGGGCCCACAGGGCCCAGUGAUUUGAUUAAGAGAAGACAGUGUGAAGAAAUUACAGUAUUAGACGUGGGAGGAAAAACCCAGUAGAAUAUUAUGACAAAAAAAAAAACACGGAAUCAGGCAGGGACUGAAAACCCUCAGUUUUGUUAUAUACCUCAGUUCUGUCUGUCAAAACUUUUUUCUUCUUCAAAUGUUGCAGUCUUUUUUGCUGAGUUGUGUUUAUAUCCAGUGAAGACACUGGUAGUAGAGGAUACACACUUAAAAUGUACAGUGUAACAUUUCACCUGCGUAGAAUUAAAGUAGUAGUCAUACAGUGUUGGAGAAAGGGUUAAAAAUUGUCCAUCGGCGUUAUGUGACCAUUAAACGCUCUUUUGUUUUUAUACAAGAUUGGA